CCUUCCACGUCGACCUGCACUCUCGCCAUAUUCUCAACUCCGUAUCCGGCAGACCUGUGAACCCCCACUAAGUUACCAAGACAGGUUUUACAAGGCAGCAGAAAGUGUGCACAGACUGAUUCGGGAUUAAACGGAAAAGUGAGAUUUUCGUCGUGAUCCUAGCGGUGUGUGUUUAUUCAUCCUGCAGAAAUGAACGUCUUCAGACUCACGGGGGACCUAUCUCAUCUCGCUGCCAUCAUCAUCCUACUCCUUAAAAUAUGGAAAAGCAGGUCGUGUGCAGGUAUCUCUGGAAAGAGCCAGAUUCUGUUUGCCCUCGUGUUUACGACACGUUACCUGGAUCUGCUCACCUCUUUCAUCUCUCUGUAUAACUCGAGCAUGAAGGUGAUCUACAUCAGCUGUUUGUACGCCACAGUAUACCUGAUUUACAUGAAAUUCAGGGCUACCUACGAUGGAAACCACGAUAGUUUCAGGGUGGAGUUCCUGAUCGUUCCUGUCGGGGGUCUUGCUGUUCUCAUCAACCAUGACUUCUCCCCCUUGGAGAUCCUUUGGACGUUCUCCAUCUACCUGGAGUCUGUGGCGAUCCUUCCCCAGCUCUUCAUGAUCAGCAAGACCGGGGAGGCUGAGACCAUCACCACCCACUACCUGUUCUGCUUGGGCCUGUAUCGGGCCCUCUAUCUUUUCAACUGGAUCUGGCGUUACUACUUUGAGGGAUUCUUUGAUAUGAUCGCCAUUGUGGCGGGUGUAGUCCAGACUAUCCUCUACUGUGACUUCUUCUACCUUUAUGUUACUAAAGUGUUGAAAGGCAAGAAGCUGAGCCUGCCAGCGUAACGACCAGCAGGAGACGGCGACUCCCAGCAGCCUCAGGGGGUGCAGAGAGGACUUAAUGGAUUCUCGUGACCUAUAGAAACGGAUGCCUGGAACAGAGAGUCAACUAUCAUGGGGGGGAAACACUAGUUAUCUUGAUGAUUGCAGAUGGAACUGGUAAAAACCAACAAAACACCAGAGCUGAACAAAGAUCAUUACAGAUCAACUUUUGGAUUUCUGUGUUCAGCAUCUUGCCUUAAACUUGUUUUCAUUGCUGUUCAAAAUAGGAUUUAUUUUAAACGUGUGAGGUGUAUUUCCUUUUUUUUCCUUUCAAUUUGUUUUACUUUUUAUAUAAUGUCACAAAACUAGAUUCUGAAAAGUACCUUGUUUGACUUGGUGAGAAAUGCACAAAAUAAAAUGUCCUAUUAAAGAAUGAGAUGAACAGA